AUAAUUUGAAGAUAAUGUUAAUUUCAAUAAAAUAAAUGACUAAACCGUCACAAAAAGCAUUAUUAUGAAAAACAAAAUCUUCAUAACUUCAGUAUCUACAGUGUGAAAUAAGACACUCUAUGAUUGGUUUUCCAUUAGAUAUUAAAUACCAAUACAUUUCCAUGUUCUGUAUAUUUCAAUAGUUACAAAACAAACCUGAACAAUAAAAAAUAAAUUACAGACUUAUGGAAAAUGAAUAGAAUGACUUUUGAUUUUUACACAAGAAUCGCAUAUCCUCGAAUAUUGAGAGAAAGGGAGGCAAACACUUGGUAUGAUCGAAGAUGUCAUUUCUAUGGCAACAGUAUAUAAGUUAAUAACAGUGUGAGGUACCAGUAUAUGAGAUUUUAUCAUAAAAUCUAAAUUAUCCAGGCAUAAAGCUACAAUGUAGCUUAUAUGUAGAGCAGGAAAUUCAGUAUGAGAGAAUUAUUCAGAUAUCCUCAAAUAUUGUAAGAAAAGAUGGGCGAAUCAAUGUCAUUAAUUUUGCUGAUUUUGAACUUUGCCAUAAAAUUUGUAUCAUCAGAGAGUUCUAAUCAAGCAUCACACAACCUUUGUACAAAUGGACGAGGCUUUAAAGCGGCAUGGUGGGAGGCCUCACCAUUUAUUAUGAAGUCAAGUCAACAAGGCAGUGUACAUAAUAAUGGACCAAAUGUUAAUGCGCCAUCUAGUGGACCAAACAUACAGGAAGCUACCGGCCAAAUGGGCCAAUCAAGUAAUGGUCCUAAAGGAGUAUUCCAUAAACUGUUAAACGACAUAGUUAAGAAAUGUUGUCAUAUUGAUGCAUACAUUGAUUUUAACGAAAAUCCACAUCGAAAUGCACAUGUUAUGGAGCUAAAAUGGGAGGAAGAGACAUUUGCUAUGCCAAUUACAAGGAGUCAUGUAGAACAUGCAUUUGAGCCAAAUAUUCCAAACCUCCUUUUCAUACCAGUUUUAGAAACACCAGGUGCUCUAUAUGUUGUGAGACAAGACAGUGUUAACAGCCUAGUCAUCAUACAGAUCUUAGAAUCAAGCUGGCCUUUACUGGCUCUUGUUGUACUGGCAGCUAUGUAUGCAGCCAUUUUAGUCUGGAUAUUGGACACUCAUAGGAAUCCUACAGAUUUCCCACAUGACUUUCACAUUGGAUUAUGGGAAGGCUUCUGGUGGGCAUUCGUCACUAUGACAACAGUGGGGUAUGGUGACAGAGUUCCUAAAUCAGUGAUAGCAAGAAUAUUUGCAUCAGUGUGGAUUAUUGUAGGCCUGGUUAUAAUGGGUGUCUUCACUGCAGCUCUAACAACAUCAUUGAGUGCUGACACUCAAGGCACUGUUGACAUUAAGGGAGAACAGGUAGGUGUUAUUAAAGGAACAAGUCUUCACACCUUAGCAGAACAACUGGGAGCUGAUCCAGAAUUGUUUGAGUCCCUACAUGAUAUAAAACGGGCAUUAGAGGCUGGAAAUGGUGGAAUAACAAAGGCUCUGGUUGACAGCUACAUGUUCCAAGAAGAUGAAAUGAGUGACUUGCUAGACAUCCAAGGAAUUGUUGAACACCCUGGUAUGCAUGGAAUACUAAUGCAGACAAUUAACAUGACACAGGAAUUGGUGGAAUGCAUAUUAACAGUUAACUCUAAAAACAAGGCAGAUGUUUACCACAAGCUGAAUGACUACAAGAGUAGAGAGUCUUUUAAGCAAGAAAAGGGAAGAGAGGGGCCAAAGACUACAGCCAGGUUACUUGGUUUUGAGACAACAUGGAUGCUUGUAGCAUUAGGUGUCUGGCUAGCACUAUUUUGCGGAAUCCUAAUAUGGGAGAUGACUUGCUGGCGGACAUAUAAACGCAAGGUUUCUGGCAAUUUGGGUGGCCCACCGGGCAUAACGACUGUUCAACCAGUUUCAGUGUUUGAGGAGCAUAUAAAAGGAGGUGGUGAGACAAUAGAAGAUUCAUCUAGACUGUGCCUGCGAUGUAAAGCUCACAUGGACUGUAAACCAGUGCACUCUGUUAUACCCUGUAGGAGUAAAUCAUGUACGGAUUAAAUGAAAAUCUUCAUUAUUAGAAGGGUGAGGAGGAGAUACAGGGUGGUACUAAAAUUCAAAACUUUUAAUUUUGGAAUAACUCUGAAUUGUGGUAUUUUUCUGUGUAAAUAGCAUCAAUGGUAUUGUGAUUUGGUGAUUACUUGAUUACAUUUUUGGAUUGCUUUCAUACAUAUUAUCAAUAGCAAAGUACAAUCUAUCUGGCAAACUUUAUAAAUUGUAAAUAGUGAUGAA